UUUGUCAAGACAUGUUCCAACAUGUUGAAGAGGUUUUCUGGAAGUUCUCUUGGAUUCUUAAGUCUAUGACUUAUCGUGUUUUACCAAGAGACUGCAAUUUUUCCACUGCCAAAAUGACAUCGUUUUCCACCUCUGCCCAGUGUUCAGCAUCUGACAGUGCUUGCAGGAUCUCUCCAGGACAAAUCAAUCAGGUACGACCAAAACUUCCCCUUUUGAAGAUUUUGCAGGCAGCAGGUGCACAAGGUGAAAUGUUCACUGUUAAAGAGGUCAUGCACUAUCUAGGCCAGUAUAUAAUGUUGAAGCAGCUUUAUGAUCAACAGGAGCAGCAUAUGGUGUAUUGUGGUGGAGAUCUUUUGGGAGAACUAUUAGGAUGUCAGAGCUUCUCCGUGAAAGACCCAAGCCCUCUCUACGAUAUGCUAAGGAAGAAUCUUGUUACUUUAGCUACUGCUACUACAGAUGCUGCUCAGACUCUCGCUCUCGCACAGGAUCACAGUAUGGAUAUUCCAAGUCAAGACCAACUGAAGCAAAGUGCAGAGGAAAAUUCCAAUUCCAGGAAAAGAACUGAAGAAGGCACUAUUUCCACACUGCCUACCUCACAACAUAAAUGUAGAAAUUCUAGACAAGAUGAAGACCUAAUAGAAAAUUUAACCCAAGAUGAGACAUCUGGGCUGGACCUUGGGUUUGAGGAGUGGGAUGUAGCUGGCCUGCCUUGGUGGUUUUUAGGAAACUUGAGAAACAACUAUACACCUAGAAGUAAUGGCUCAACUGAUUUGCAGACAAACCAGGAUGUGGGUACUGCCAUUGUUUCAGACACUACAGAUGACUUGUGGUUUUUGAAUGAGUCAGUAUCAGAUCAGUUAGGUGUUGGAAUAAAAGUUGAAACUGCUGAUACAGAACAAAUAAGCGAAGAAGUAGGGAAAGUGAGUGACAAAAAGAUGAUUGAAAUGGGAAAAAAUGAUGACCUUGAGGACUCCAAGUCCUUAAGUGAUGAUACUGAUAUAGAAGUUACCUCUGAGGAUGAGUGGCAGUGUACUGAAUGUAAGAAAUUUAACUCUCCAAGCAAGAGAUACUGUUUUCGUUGCUGGGCCUUGAGGAAGGAUUGGUAUUCAGAUUGUUCUAAGUUAACUCAUUCUCUCUCCACAUCUGAUAUCACUGCCUUACCUGAAAAGACGGAAAAUGAAGGAAUUGAUGUCCCUGAUUGCCGAAGAACUGUUUCGGCUCCUGUUGUUAGACCUAAAGAUGUAUAUACAAGGGAAGAAAACUCUAAACUUUUUAAUCCUUGCAACUCGGUGGAAUUCUUGGAUUUGGCUCACAAUUCUGAAAGCCAGGAGACUAUCUCAAGCAUGGGAGAACAGUCAUAUAACCUUUUUGAACAGAGAACAGAUACAGAAAACAUGGAAGAUUGCCAGAAUCUUUUGAAGCCAUGUAGCUUAUGUGAAAAAAGACCACGAGAUGGGAACAUUAUUCAUGGGAGGACAGGUCAUCUUGUCACUUGUUUUCACUGUGCCAGAAGACUAAAGAAGGCUGGGGCUUCAUGCCCUAUUUGCAAGAAAGAAAUUCAGUUGGUUAUUAAGGUUUUUAUAGCCUAAUUAAAUCAAUGAAUUGCAGAGAAAUAUUAAGAGGGCCAGGUCAGGUAUCAAGACGUCAGUAUUGAGUAUCUCUACCCAUUACAUCUGUUCAUUUAUUCAUGUAAAUUCAUUUAUUC